AUGAACCGUCCAACUGAGGGCCUCGCAUCCGCCGAUGCAAAUGGCAACGCCGCAGAGUCACCCGGCCGUCACUCCCGUCAAUCCUCUGAAGUGCAACCC